AUGAUGGCAAAAAACAAAGAGCCGCGCCCCCCAUCCUAUACUAUCAGUGUAGUUGGACUCUCUGGGACUGAAAAAGACAAAGGUAACUGUGGAGUUGGAAAGUCUUGUUUGUGCAAUAGAUUUGUACGCUCAAAAGCAGAUGAAUAUUAUCCAGAGCAUACUUCUGUGCUCAGCACCAUUGACUUUGGAGGACGAGUAGUAAACAAUGAUCACUUUUUGUACUGGGGUGACAUAACACUAAAUGGUGAAGAUGGAGUAGAAUGCAAAAUUCAUGUCAUUGAACAAACAGAAUUCAUUGAUGACCAGACUUUUUUGCCUCAUCGGAGUACAAAUUUACAACCAUAUAUAAAACGUGCAGCUGCUUCUAAAUUGCAGUCAGCAGAAAAACUAAUGUACAUUUGCACUGAUCAACUAGGCUUGGAGCAAGACUUUGAACAAAAGCAAAUGCCUGAAGGGAAGCUCAAUGUAGAUGGAUUUUUAUUGUGCAUUGACGUAAGUCAGGGAUGCAAUAGGAAGUUUGAUGAUCAACUUAAAUUUGUGAAUAACCUUUUUGUCCAACUAUCAAAAUCAAAAAAGCCUGUAAUAAUAGCAGCAACUAAAUGUGAUGAAUGCGUGGAUCACUAUCUUAGAGAAGUUCAGGCAUUUGCUUCAAACAAAAAGAACCUUCUUGUAGUGGAAACAUCAGCACGAUUGAAUGUCAACAUUGAAACAUGUUUCACUGCACUGGUACAAAUGUUGGAUAAAACUCGUGGCAAACCGAAAAUUAUUCCCUAUCUGGAUGCUUUUAAAACACAGAGACAACUUGUUGUCACAGCAACAGAUAAGUUUGAAAAACUUGUGCAGACUGUGAGAGAUUAUCAUGCAACUUGGAAAACUGUUAGUAAUAAAUUAAAAAAUCAUCCUGAUUAUGAAGAAUACAUCAAUUUAGAGGGAACAAAAAAGGCACGAAAUACUUUCUCAAAACAUAUAGAACAACUUAAACAAGAACAUAUAAGAAAAAGGAGAGAAGAAUAUAUAAAUACAUUACCAAGAGCUUUUAACACUCUUUUGCCAAAUCUAGAAGAAAUUGAACAUUUGAAUUGGUCAGAAGCUUUGAAGUUGAUGGAAAAGAGACCAGAUUUUCAGUUAUGUUUUGUGGUGCUAGAAAAAACACCUUGGGAUGAAACUGACCACAUAGACAAAAUUAAUGAUAGGCGAAUCCCAUUUGACCUCCUGAGCACUUUAGAAGCUGAAAAAGUUUAUCAGAACCAUGUACAACAUCUAAUAUCAGAGAAAAGAAGGGUAGAAAUGAAGGAAAAAUUCAAAAAGACUUUGGAAAAAAUUCAGUUCAUUUCACCUGGACAGCCAUGGGAGGAAGUAAUGUGCUUUGUUAUGGAGGAUGAAGCCUUCAAGUAUAUUACAGAGGCUGACAGCAAGGAGGUGUAUAGUAGGCAUCAGCGAGAAAUAGUUGAAAAAGCCAAAGAAGAGUUUCAGGAAAUGCUUUUUGAGCAUUCGGAACUUUUUUAUGAUUUAGAUCUUAAUGCAACACCUAGUUCAGAUAAAAUGAGUGAGAUUCAUACAGUUUUGAGUGAAGAACCUAGAUAUAAAGCUUUACAGAAACUUGCACCUGAUAGGGAAUCUCUUCUACUUAAGCAUAUAGGGUUUGUUUAUCAUCCCACUAAAGAAACAUGUCUUAGUGGCCAAAAUUGUAUGGACAUUAAAGUAGAGCAGUUACUUGCCAGUAGUCUUUUGCAGUUAGAUCAUGGUCGCUUAAGAUUGUAUCAUGACAGUACCAAUAUAGAUAAAGUUAACCUUUUUAUUUUAGGGAAGGAUGGCCUUGCCCAAGAACUAGCAAAUGAGAUAAGGACACAAUCCACUGAUGAUGAGUAUGCCUUAGAUGGAAAAAUUUAUGAACUUGAUCUUCGACCAGUUGAUGCCAAUUCGCCUUACUUUUUAAGUCAGUUAUGGACUGCCGCCUUUAAACCACAUGGGUGCUUCUGUGUAUUUAAUUCUAUCGAGUCACUGAAUUUUAUUGGGGAAUUUAUUGGAAAAAUAAGAACUGAAGCUUCUCAGAUCAGAAAAGAUAAAUAUAUGGCUAAUCUUCCAUUUACAUUAAUUCUGGCUAAUCAGAGAGAUUCUAUUAGUAAGAAUCUACCAAUUCUCAGGCAUCAAGGGCAACAGUUGGCAAACAAGUUACAAUGUCCUUUUGUAGAUAUACCUACUGGUACAUAUCCUCGGAAGUUUAAUGAAACACAAAUAAAGCAAGCUCUAAGAGGAGUAUUAGAAUCAGUUAAACACAAUUUAGAUGUGGUGAGCCCAGUUCCCACCAAUAAGGAUGUAUCAGAAGCUGACUUGAGAAUUGUUAUGUGUGCCAUGUGUGGUGAUCCAUUUAGUGUGGAUCUUAUUCUUUCACCCUUCCUUGAUUCUCAUUCUUGCAGCGCUGCUCAAGCUGGGCAGAAUAAUUCCCUAAUGCUUGACAAAAUCAUUGGUGAAAAAAGGAGGCGAAUACAGAUCACAAUAUUAUCAUAUCAUUCCUCAAUUGGAGUAAGGAAAGAUGAACUUGUUCAUGGAUAUAUAUUAGUUUAUUCUGCCAAACGGAAAGCAUCAAUGGGAAUGCUCCGAGCAUUUCUAUCAGAAGUUCAGGACACCAUUCCUGUACAACUGGUGGCAGUUACUGACAGCCAAGCAGAUUUUUUUGAAAAUGAGGCCAUCAAGGAGUUAAUGACUGAAGGAGAACACAUCGCAACUGAGAUCACUGCUAAAUUUACAGCAUUGUAUUCUUUAUCUCAGUAUCAUCGGCAAACCGAGGUCUUUACUCUGUUUUUCAGUGAUGUCCUAGAGAAAAAAAAUAUGAUAGAAAAUUCCUAUUUAUCUGAUAAUACAAGGGAAUCAACCCAUCAAAGUGAGGAUGUUUUUCUACCAUCUCCCAGAGAUUGUUUUCCCUAUAACAACUACCCUGAUUCAGAUGAUGAUACAGAAGCACCGCCUCCUUAUAGUCCAAUUGGGGAUGAUGUACAGUUGCUUCCAACACCUAGUGACCGUUCCAGAUACAGAUUAGAUUUGGAAGGAAAUGAAUAUCCUAUUCAUAGCACCCCUAACUGUCAUGACCAUGAACGCAACCAUAAAGUGCCUCCACCUAUUAAACCUAAACCAGUUGUACCUAAGACUAAUGUGAAGAAACUUGAUCCAAACCUCUUAAAAACAAUAGAAGCUGGUAUUGGCAAAAAUCCAAGAAAACAGACUUCCCGGGUGCCUUUGGCACAUCCUGAAGAUAUGGAUCCUUCAGAUAACUAUGCGGAACCCAUUGAUACAAUUUUUAAACAGAAGGGCUGUUCUGAUGAGAUAUAUGUUGUCCCAGAUGAUAGUCAGAAUCGCAUUAUUAAAAUUCGAAAUUCAUUUGUAAAUAACACCCAAGGAGAUGAAGAAAAUGGAUUUUCUGAUAGAACCUCAAAAAGUCAUGGGGAACGGAGGCCUUCAAAAUACAAAUAUAAAUCUAAAACUCUGUUUAGUAAAGCCAAGUCAUACUAUCGACGAACACAUUCAGAUGCAAGUGAUGACGAGGCUUUCACUACUUCUAAAACAAAAAGAAAAGGAAGACAUCGUGGAAGUGAAGAAGAUCCACUUCUUUCUCCUGUUGAAACUUGGAAAGGUGGUAUUGAUAAUCCUGCAAUCACUUCAGACCAGGAAUUAGAUGAUAAGAAAAUGAAGAAGAAAAUCCACAAAGUAAAAGAAGAUAAAAAGCAGAAGAAGAAAACUAAGAACUUCAAUCCACCAACACGUAGAAAUUGGGAAAGUAAUUACUUUGGGAUGCCCCUCCAGGAUCUGGUUACAGCUGAGAAGCCCAUACCACUAUUUGUUGAAAAAUGUGUGGAAUUCAUUGAAGAUACAGGAUUAUGUACUGAAGGACUCUACCGUGUUAGUGGGAACAAAACUGACCAAGACAAUAUUCAAAAGCAGUUUGAUCAAGAUCAUAAUAUCAGUCUAGUAUCAAUGGAAGUAACAGUAAAUGCUGUAGCUGGAGCUCUUAAAGCUUUCUUUGCUGAUCUGCCAGAUCCUUUAAUUCCAUAUUCUCUUCAUCCAGAGUUAUUGGAAGCUGCAAAAAUCCCAGAUAAAACAGAACGUCUUCAUGCAUUGAAAGAAAUUGUUAAGAAGUUUCAUCCUGUAAACUAUGAUGUAUUCAGAUAUGUAAUAACACAUCUAAACAGGGUCAGUCAGCAAAAUAAAAUCAACCUAAUGACAGCGGACAACUUAUCCAUCUGUUUUUGGCCAACCUUAAUGAGACCUGAUUUUGAAAAAAGAGAAUUUCUGUCUACCACUAAGAUCCAUCAGUCUGUUGUAGAAACGUUCAUUCAACAGUGUCAGUUUUUCUUUUACAAUGGAGAAAUUGUAGAAAUUGUGAAUACUGUUGCUCCUCCACCGCCUUCAAAUCCAGGACAGUUGGUUGAACCAAUGGUACCACUUCAGUUACCACCACCUCUGCAACCUCAGCUAAUACAACCACAGUUACAGACUGAUCCUCUUGGUAUUAUAUGA